AUGAUCCAACGCUCACUGAAACAGAAAAAACAAGCGUUUGAAGAGGAAACACCUAGAGAAAAUUGGCCAUACGGCAAAGUAGUGGAUGUCAUGACCUCUGAUGAUGGCCUAAUAGGGUCAGCAAAACUCAUGCCAAAUCAGCGGAUCAUUCAACGUCCACUCAACAAAAUUUUCCCUCUAGAAAUACGAAGUUGCGCAAAAGAUCAGAACCAGAACAGCGACAACACAGUCUUUGAGGAACCUUCGGCAAGCAAGAAAAGACAUAACUUGACUCGCGCAUCAAAGGAGACCUUGGCCACAAUUUCCUGCUUUGCUCUUCCAGAAGACCGCAGCCGCCCACGAAGCGGCCAUACAAGAAGUAAGCACUAUCUCAACGCCAACCGUCAUCGUCAUCAAAAACCCAUCAGCAAGGCACCAGCCGUCAUCAACACGCCUGCACCAAGCCGAACUCUCAAGCCACUAUCAGCAAUUCACUAUCGAGAAGCCACUAUCAGCUAA